AUCUCACUGCCCAAGAUGCCACCGAACCCCUGCGCGUCAUGCAAGACAAAUCGCGCUCUUAUCCUCCGCCCGAAAGACCAUUCGAAGCUGUGUAAAGGCUGCUUCAUCGACGUGUUCGAAGCCGAGAUCCACCACACUAUCACCGCGAACAAACUCUUCUACCGUGGCGAGAAGAUCGCAAUUGGCGCAUCGGGCGGGAAAGAUAGUACUGUCUUAGCGUCAGUUCUCAAGACACUGAAUGAGCGGUAUGACUACGGUGUUGAACUCAUUCUGUUGUCGAUCGACGAAGGAAUCAAGGGAUACCGCGAUGACUCCCUCGAGACUGUUAAGCGCAAUGCGCAGCAGUACAAUAUGCCGCUGACAAUUCUUGGAUACGACGAGCUGUAUGGAUGGACAAUGGAUCAGGUUGUCGAGCAAGUAGGCAAGAAAGGGAAUUGCACAUACUGUGGCGUAUUCAGGCGGCAGGCGCUCGAUCGCGGAGCAGCGAGAUUGGGAGUCAAGCAUGUCGUUACUGGGCAUAACGCCGACGAUGUCGCGGAGACGGUGCUUAUGAACUUGCUGCGCGCCGACCUUCCUCGUCUCUCGCGAACAACCUCCAUCGUAACGUCCACUCCAUCCGCGUCCUUGGAUCCGAACUCGCACACCAACAUUAAGCGCAGCAAGCCCCUCAAGUAUGCCUACGAGAAGGAGAUCGUCCUCUACGCCCACCACAAGAACCUAGACUACUUCAGCACAGAAUGCAUAUACUCGCCCGAAGCCUUCCGCGGCAGCGCGCGAGCCCUCAUCAAGAACCUCGAACGCAUCCGACCGAGCGCGAUUCUCGACGUUGUCCGCAGCGGAGAAGAUAUGGCGAAGCUUGUACCGGGCAGCGACGAGGGCUGCGGAGGCGCAUGCGGCAAUGCCGUUCCUGCAGGCGAGGAAGAGGAGGGAGGAUGCGGGAGCGCGAACGGAAGGACAGCAGGCGGCGACAUGGCGAACAUGGAACAACACCUCGCGCAGAAUGAAGCAGCUGCCGAGAACGGGCUAGAAGUAGAAAUCACGUCGAGGCACAUCAACGACACGCACGACAGCUCUGUACCCCUCCCAGCCGGCAAGAAAGGAAAGAAGAAUAAGGGGCCGUCCUCUACACAACGCAAGACGACAAAACAGGUCAUGGGUCAAUGCAAGAGGUGCGGGUACCUGUCGAGCCAAGACAUUUGCAAAGCAUGCGUGCUACUCGAAGGACUAAAUAAGAACCGCCCUAAGAAUAAGAUCGAAGUGGGUUACGAGGACGGACAAGAGACGGAGAAGGAGCUAAAUAGUGUUACCAACGGGUUGAACAAGCUGCACGUUGAAGGUGGUUGAAGGCGCUUCCUUGCGCACACGAAAGGACACACAACACAACCACCCCGCAAAGCACGCGACACAUCGAAUCUAGGACACACGCGGUACGAUCUGGCUAGAAAACAAACGUCAACACCACAUCCGUCCAAGCCGCCCGCCCAAGCUCAUCCGAGCGCGUGCGCCACACGGAACCACAUGAC